AUGCCCAAGUACGCCAAAAACCAGUCCGUCAACUUCAAAAACGCAAUCGAAAGGGUCGCUCUUGUCGGCGCUGGAGGUACCAUCGGAUCGCAUAUUGCGAACGCCCUGCUAGAGACUGGAAGACACACAGUCACGGCUAUUUCCCGCAAAGGCAGUGGCAACAAACUUCCCGAGGGCGUCCGAGUCGCCUCAGUCGACUACGAUGAUGAGGCCACCCUUGUUGCUGCCCUCAAGGGUCAACAAUUCUUGAUCAUUACAAUGGCUCCUACCGCGCCCCGGGACACCCACAGCAAGCUUGUCCAGGCAGCCGACAAGGCCGGUAUCGACUACGUUAUGCCUAAUGGGUAUGGCCUUGACAUUGACGACAUCAAACUUGGCGAAGACACAAUGCUGGGGCCCGUAGCCAAGGCCAACAGGGACGAGAUUGAGAGGCUCGGCAUGAAGUGGAUUACAGUGUGCUGUGGGUUCUGGUACGACUACAGCUUGGCCGGCGGGGAUGCGCGAUUUGGGUUCGAUUUUGAUAAGCGUUCCCUGACAAUCUAUGAUGAUGGUAACGUCAAGAUCUCGACGUCGACGUUGUCGCAGGUCGGGCGCGCUGUGGCCAAAGUCCUGAGCCUCAAUGAGCUUCCCAAGGAUGAAAACGAUAAAAGCCUUACUCUGUCCACUUUCUUCAACAAAGGCGUAUAUCUGAAAAGCUUUGUGGUCAGCCAAAAUGACAUGUUUGAGAGCGUCAAGCGUGUCACUGAUACCACCGACGCAGACUGGACGAUCACCCACGAGGAUACCAAACAGCGAUACAAGGAUGGUCUGGAGCAAGUGAAAGUGGGUAACAUGGCUGGUUUUGGCAAGAUGCUGUACGCAAGGGGGUUUUACCCGGAUGCUUCCAAUGAUCUCACAGCCAAGACGCAGAAUGAGCUGCUUGGAUUGCCCGAGGAGAGCCUAGAUGAGUCUACCGAGAUUGGGAUAAAUCUGGUCAAGGAGCUGCAGCUUCGUGUUGAGCGUAUGGCAUCCUAG